CUCCGCUACGCCGUGGCUCAGCUGCGGGUGCGUCGGCUGGGCUUCAUGUACCUGCAGGGUGUCCUUUUUGGUGAAGAGGAGUAUGAGCAGGCACAAGACGUGCUGUCGGCGAUGGGCUACGAGUUCUGCGGCGUCUUCACCAUGAACUCUUCCAGUGGUACUGCCGACCCUACAGAGUUCGACGAUGUGUGGAAGCGGUUUGCCGCCACCCGGCCGCAGGCUGUGAUUGUGUUUGGCUGGCCAGUAGCGGACACUGAGCAAUUCAUUAAGAGGAUGCUGAAGGACUGGCGCACCGCCGGCGCGUACCUGCUGGCUCCGCUUGUGCUGCAGCCAACUGUUCUGCGCAUAUGGAGUGCUGCCGUGGCCGAUGAUGGUGUCAAGUUUGUGCCCGGGCAGGUGAUCACGACGGGGACGAACCCGCUGGCGAAUGACAGAAGUUAUGAAGCCAUCCGUCGCUUCCAGACGGUGAUGCGGGAUUACCUGAAUAACAGUGGGCAGAGAGACUACGACGAUUCAGAGUAUUUCCUCAAGAAUGACGGUGACGGAGAGCUGAUGGUUUCUGGGUGGAUUGCCGGCGAGGUGCUGGUGCAGGCGGUAGGUAAUUAUAGAGGGGUGAAGAACCGCACGUCGUUCAAGGCGUCUAUCUUCAACCAACGCCGGUAUGUAAUCGACGACCUUGUGUUUGGCGACUACGGUGGGGAUUGCAAUGAUGAGGCUGAAGCACAGGGGGCCGUCUGCCGCUGCAACCAGGGCGGUGGCACUGUGUACAUGAAGCGGUUCGUGGAGGGACUACCGAGCGGAGGUGGUGCGUAA